AUGGCGUCUCCGAGUCCGUACACCAAGCGUCGCUCCGCCGCCCCGCCUCCGUCUCUCACCCCUCGGUCCAAAGGAGGAUUCUUCUUUAAGUCAAUCCUAUUCACUCUGUUUCUCCUCGCCUUGCCGUUGUUCCCUUCUCAGGCUCCGGAGUUCGUCGGCAGCGAGACAGUUCUCACCAAGUUCUGGGAACUGAUUCACCUCCUCUUCGUCGGCAUUGCCGUCGCUUAUGGUUUGUUUAGCCGUAGGAGUGUUGAGUCAUUAGUUGAUGAUACAAGGACGAGCCGUGUAGUAGUAGUAGAGGAGUCUUCACUUUCUUAUGUGUCUAGUCUCUUCCACGUUUCCUCUGAGGAUUCUUCUUGGGAUUUUAGGAGUGAUGAGAUUCGUUUGAGUGCUCAAGCUUCUGUAGUUGUAGUGAAUGAGAGAGAAUCUGAGUCGUUUAAUCAAGUGCAAGCUUGGAACUCGCAGUAUUUUCAAGGGAGAUCUAAGGUUGUUGUUGCUAGACCAGAUUAUGGUCUUGAUGGUCACGUUGUGCACCAGCCAUUAGGCUUGCCUGUUAGGAGUUUAAUGUCGAGUUUGAGAGAUAACUCAGUUCUUGAGGAUGGCUCUUGUGAUGAAGCUGUAAAUGAUAAAGCUGAUAAGGUUUUUGAUGAGUUUGUGGCUGCUCCUCCUCCGUCUCCACCUGUUGUUCCAUGGGACUUUGGACCUGAGAUGAUGGCGAUGGGAGACAAUUAUCUUUCAAAUUUUCAGCCUCUAUCAGUGGAUGAAACUCACUAUGCGAACCUUGAAUCGAGACCUUCUCAGUCUACUGUUUCUUCUUCCUCUUCUUCAUCACGGACUAGCUUUGAGUCUCAUACUCAGAGCAAACUCUCGCCUUCUCAUUCUGUUUCUGAGGAGUCUUUGAACUCGAAUGUGGAUGAACCGGUUAAGGAGAAGAGUCUUGAAGGUUCAUCACGGUCUAGUUCGCUAUCUUUGCCCCCAUCUCCACCACCACCAUUAGUGACUGAGGAUACACACAGGCUUGUGUUACAUUCUCGGCAUUAUAGUGAUGGUUCUUUGUUAGAGGAAGAUGUAAGGCAAGAAUUGGAAGAUGAACUGGAGGUGAGUGACGUUAGAGGCAGAAGAACAGAGAUCUUCAGCAAGAAGGAACUAGGAUCUGAAUCACUAAAAAUGAAUGCUGAAAGUUCCCGGAAGGUGAAGAACAAAUCUCGCAGAUCGUAUCCUCCUGAUCCCAUCUCAUCUCCCGUUGAUGAUUCUACAACUAGGAGGUGUGAUCAUGAUGAUGGCCAUAUGCUUGACGACAAUGUCAAGAAAGGAUUGGAGUCUGACCAUAACAAGCUGAGGGUCAAGAAGAGGCCGAGUCACAAGUCUUUGCCCCCAUCACCACCAUUAGUGAUUGAUGAUAAUACACACAAGCGUGUCUUACAUUCUCGGCGUUAUAGUGAUGCUUCUAUGUUAGGGGAAGAUGAAUUGGAGAGGAGGGAAGUUAAAGGUAGAAGAACAGAGAAGGAGUUGGGAUCUAAAUCACUGAAACUCACUGCUGAAAGUUCCCGGAAAGGGAAGAGCAAAUCUCGAAGAUCAUAUCCACCUGAUUCUGAUGAUUCCACAACUAUAAGGCGUGAUCUUCAGCACAAGAGUGACGACCACUUGCGUGAAGGUAAAGACAAUAUCAGGAAAGGAUUGGAGUCUGAACAUAACAAGCUGAGGGUCAAGAAAGGACGGAGUCAAGACUCUUUGGAGCUAACAGCAGAAGCUUCAAGCCUUCCAAUUCCUGCUGUGGAUGUACCAUUCCAACCAAAGAACGCCAAAGCCUCAAGGCGCUCUUCACGAGAGGGCCAUGACACUUUGCCGGGGAAAGACAUCAAAAGAAAGCCAGAGGAUGACUUUGUGGAUUUGGAUAAGUCUAGAAAGAAAGAUCUUCCUGGUGAUAUUAACAAGGAAGUGAAAUCAACUAGUCCGAGACGUGAACCACAAUCUUGGAGAGGUUCUAGUAAAGUUUCAUCAAGAGGGAAGUCUGUGAGGACCAUAAGAUCUGAUCACCAUAGGAAAGAUCCAAAGACAGAUGGAAUAUCAUCUCAUGACCGGACAGAACCUAAAGCAGAAAGCCACGGAAGAACAAAACCAAGAAGACAAUGGAAAGAAGAACUAGCAAUUGUGUUACACCAGGAGAAGCUUCCAGAAAUUCCUAAACCAGAGCCAGAAGAUGAUGAUGUUACUGAAGAGACCAAGGUAGAACAACCUAAAUUAACCUUAGAGGAAGAAGAGGAAGCUGCUGCAGCAGCAGCUUGGGAAAGCCAGAGCAAUGCAAGCCAUGACCAUUACGAAGUUGAUAGAAAAGCAGAUGAGUUCAUAGCCAAGUUCAGAGAACAGAUUAGGUUGCAGAAACUUCAUUCCGGUGAACAACCUAGAGGAGGUGGUAGUGGCAUUAUCAGAAACAGCCAUUUCAGAUGA